AUGGAUUUGAACGAGAAGUUCGACGGCAGCGAUGCCCAUAUCGAGCAUGAAAAUGAUCGGAAGCUCUCGAUGGCUUCGCGGCGGCGCCUCAGCGAGGCCCAAGCCAUCAGGCUGGCGGAGAACGACAUGGCGAUCGUGGACGAGGAGAUCGCCGAGUUUGAGGCCGAGCUCGAAGCCCAUCCCAUCAAGAGCACAUUCCUCAACCCGCAGCUCUCGUUCAACGAUCCCCGCCACUUCACGUGGCUGUUGGUCGGCUUCGCCUCGAUGGGCGGCAUGUUGUCGGGGCUGGACCAGAGCGUCAUCUCCGGCGCGCUGCUGUACAUGCCGGACGACUUGCAUCUGAGCACGUCCCAGGUCAGCCUGACCAGCUCGGCCGUGCCUCUCGGCGCGAUUGGCGGCGCACUGCUCCUCGGCCCGACCAACGAACUGGUCGGGCGCAAAAUGGCCAUCAUCAUCUCCCUUGUCCUCUAUACCAUCGGCGGUGCUCUCGAAGCGGGAAGCAUCAACUUCGGCAUGAUCGUCGCGGCCAGAGUCAUCCUCGGCAUGGGUCUCGGUCUCGAGGGCGGCACCGUCCCCGUCUACGUCGCCGAGUCGGUCGAGAAGAAAUACCGCGGCAACCUGGUCAGCUUGUACCAGCUCAUGAUCGCUUUCGGAGAAGUCAUUGGCUAUGUCGUGGCCGCGAUCUUUGUCAACGUCUCCUCCGGGUCGUGGCGGUACAUGCUGGGCUCGUCGCUGGUCUUCAGCACCAUCAUGCUGGUCGGCAUGAUCUUCAUGCCCGAGAGCCCGAGAAUGCUGAUGCACAAGGGCAAGACUCUCGAGGCCUUUGCCGUCUGGAAACGCAUCCGGGGCGUGCACCUCGCCGACAACCGCAAGGAAUUCUUCAUUAUGCACCACGCUCUCGACGCCGAAGUCAAUGUCCGGGAGGGCGCCACGAAACGUCGCAGAUUCGUCUGGCUCGACUUCUUUACCAACCCUCGAGCUCGAAGAUCGCUUGUUUAUGCGAAUAUCAUGAUCAGUUUAGGGCAGCUUAGUGGCAUCAACGCGAUCAUGUAUUUCAUGUCGACGUUGAUGUCGCAGAUCGGGUUCAACAGGGAAGAUUCCGUCUUUAUGUCCCUGGUAGGGGGUGGAGCUCUCCUCCUGGGGACCAUUCCGGGAGUGUUGUACAUGGAGAAGUUUGGCCGGCGCUUCUGGGCGAACGCCAUGCUUCCGUGCUUGUUCCUAGGCCUCGUCUUGAUCGGGGUCUCGUACCAAUUGAACUCGUUCGUGGCGACCGAAGGGCUCUAUCUCACCGGCAUCAUCUUAUACAACGGAUUUUUCGGUUCCUACGCCUGCCUAACCUGGGUUCUGCCCAGUGAGGUAUUCCCUACCUACCUACGAUCAUACGGCAUGGAGUCGACAGACGUGAACUUGUUCUUCUGCAGUUGGCUGGUCACCUACUUCUUCUCGGACAUGCAGAGAGCCAUGACGAAGACCGGUCUGACAUUGGGUUUUUACGGCGGCAUUGCCGUGCUCGGCUGGAUCUAUCAGCUCCUGUUCAUGCCGGAAACCAAGAACAAGACUCUGGAGGAAAUCGAUCUCAUCUUCAGCCAGCCGACAAGCGAGCUCGUGAAGCAGAACCUGAAGAACACCACUGAGAUGUUGAGUGAUUUGGUUCAUUUCAGGUUUAGAAAGAUCUUUACACCUGUGGAGGAGAGUCACGAAGUCGAGAACCAGGUCAAGGAUGUCAAGGUAUAG